AUGUCGUCUAGGUCUUGGAACGUCAGUGACGUGGUGGGCGAGAGCAAAGACUGGAGGAGUGAAGGAGCUGUCACUCCUGUCAAGUACCAAGGCCAAUGCGGAUGUUGCUGGGCGUUUUCGGCUGUAGCAGCAGUGGAAGGUGUGACUAAGAUCUCCAGCGGGAACCUCGUAUCUUUGUCCGAACAACAGCUUCUAGACUGCGACAGAGAGUACGACCAAGGCUGCAACGGUGGGAUAAUGUCGGAUGCUUUCAACUAUAUAAUCCAAAACCGAGGCAUCGCUUCGGAGGAGUCUUACUCGUACCAAGGAUCAGACGAAAGAUGCCGGACCAAUGCAAGACCCGCUGCACGGAUCAGCAGUUUCCAAUCAGUUCCUAGUAACAACGAGCAGGCCUUGCUCGAGGCCGUGUCGAGGCAACCCGUCUCUAUCUCGAUGGACGCAAGUGGGGACGGGUUCAUGCAUUACUCAGGGGGAGUAUACGACGGGCCUUGUGGAACCAGCUCGAAUCACGCGGUUACGUUUGUUGGGUAUGGAGUGAGUCAGGACGGGACGAAAUAUUGGCUGGCUAAGAACUCUUGGGGUGAGACUUGGGGAGAAAAUGGUUAUAUUAGGAUCCGUAGAGACGUGGCUUGGCCUCAGGGCAUGUGUGGUGUAGCCCAAUAUGCUUUUUAUCCGGUUGCAUAA